CGCUCUCUCUGAGGAGUCGAAGCCAUUGUCACAGGGGAACUGAUUCUGCUCUGUUUGCAUUUUGCAAACCUUUCAUCAAUGGCCGACGGGACCCAGCGGGACGCAGAUGGAGGAGAUGAGACGGUAGAAAUUGAUCCCUCAAGCACGGUCCUUGAUCUCACCAGCUUCCAACUUCAUGAUCUAGAAUCGAUCGAGAUACAACCGAGUCUAACGGAGUUGGACCUCACCGCGAAUCGUUUGUCGAGCUUGGACCCUAGAAUCGCGCAGCUCUCUAAUCUGAAGAAGUUCUCGCUGCGGCAGAACCUCAUUGACGAUGCCGCCAUCGAACCGAUUUCUUCGUGGGAAGCUUUAUCCAGUCUGGAGGAAUUAGUGUUGCGAGAUAAUAAAUUAACGAAAAUACCUGAUGCGAGCAUAUUCAAGAAGCUUUUGGUUUUUGAUGUUUCUUUCAACGAAAUUACUUCAUUGAAUGGAUUAGCCAAGGUCUCCAACACGCUCAAGGAACUGUAUGUUUCCAAGAAUGAAGUUACGAAGAUGGAGGAGAUCGAACACUUCCAUCAGUUGCUAAUGCUUGAACUUGGUUCCAACAGAUUAAGGGUGAUGGAGAAUUUGCAGAACUUGACAAACUUGCAGGAGCUGUGGCUAGGCCGCAACCGUAUCAAAGUAGUAAACCUAUGUGGGUUGAAAUGCGUCAAGAAGAUUAGUUUGCAAAGCAAUCGUUUGACUUCUAUGAAAGGAUUUGAGGAAUGUAUUGCUCUUGAAGAGCUAUACUUGAGCCACAAUGGCAUUUCCAAAAUGGAAGGCCUAUCAACCUUAGUAAAUCUCCGCCUAUUAGACGUAUCAUCUAACAAGCUAACAUCAGUCAAUGAAAUUCAAAAUCUGACAGAGUUAGAAGAUUUGUGGCUUAAUGACAACCAAAUAGAAUCACUUGAAGGCAUUGCUGAAGCUGUUGCUGGUUCAAGGGGAAAACUUGCCACUAUCUACCUGGAAAACAAUCCAUGUGUGAAGUCUCCAACCUAUAUUGCUACCCUGAGACAAAUCUUCCCAAAUAUUCAGCAAAUUGAUUCCAAUAUAUAUUCCUAGAAAUUUUCGUGGAUCAUUUGUUUUCAUUUGACAGUUGCCUCUAUCAAUGGUUAGUCAAUCAGGAAGAAGGAUCCAUCAGUAAAACUUGCUCAGCCAUAUGGAAUUCAAAAAUAGCCAUUCAUAUUCCAAAGUUUCUCGAGUAUUUUGUGAUAUCAAAUACUUAGAGCUCAUUAAGAAAAUUAACCUUUGUUUUUGAAUGUAAACGUAUUAGGGAAACAUUUCUCAGUACUUUUGCUAUCAACAUUUUUGAUGAAUGGAAAUGCAAGCAGUUUAUGAAUGGAGAAAUAUAUUUUGUUUUA